GGGGCGUGGCGUGCGCAUUGACGCAGCUACGUUGACGUAUUCCGGGACGUUGCUGUGGUAGCGGCGGGCGCCAUGUUGGGGCAGACGGGAAGCGUUUAGGCGGCAGGUUCCGGCCGCUCAUUGUUGUCCUCAGAGCCGGGUGUGCUUCGGGUGUCCGCCGGCUUCCUCAUGCCCAGGGACCGCGGGCGGCGGGAGGAGUGAGGUCACCAUGCCGUUUCCGUUGGGAAACCAGGGAACACCACAGCAGACACAGAAGAAUUUUGGUAUCACAUCCCCUAUCAGCUUAGCAGUACCCAAGGACACGGAUUGCACCCUCACAAACAAACUCAUAGAAACUUUAAAACCAUUCGGUGUGUUUGAAGAGGAGGAGGAAUUGCAGCGAAGAAUUUUAAUUUUGGGGAAGUUGAACAAUUUAGUGAAAGAAUGGAUUCGGGAAAUCAGUGAAAUAAAGAAUCUUCCGCAAGCUGUAAUUGAGAAUGUUGGAGGCAAGAUAUUUACAUUUGGGUCAUACAGAUUGGGUGUCCACACAAAAGGUGCGGAUAUUGAUGCCUUGUGUGUGGCUCCAAGACACGUUGACAGAAGUGACUUUUUUUCAUCGUUUUAUGACAAAUUGAAACUUCAAGACAAAGUGAAAGACUUGCGUUCUGUGGAAGAAGCGUUUGUACCUGUGAUUAAGCUUUGCUUUGAUGGGAUAGAGAUUGAUAUUUUAUUUGCUAGACUUGCACUUCAGACAAUUCCCGAGGACUUGGACCUGAGAGAUGAUAGCCUGCUGAAGAAUUUAGACAUAAGAUGCAUACGGAGUCUUAAUGGUUGUCGCGUAACUGAUGAAAUCCUCCAUUUAGUACCAAACAUCGAUAACUUCAGGUUAACCUUGAGAGCAAUUAAGCUAUGGGCCAAGCGCCACAACAUCUAUUCCAACAUCCUAGGAUUUCUUGGAGGAGUUUCCUGGGCUAUGCUGGUGGCAAGAACAUGUCAACUGUAUCCAAAUGCAAUAGCAUCUACUCUCGUGCAUAAGUUUUUCCUGGUAUUUUCCAAAUGGGAAUGGCCUAAUCCAGUUUUGUUGAAGCAGCCUGAAGAGUGUAAUCUUAAUUUGCCUGUCUGGGACCCGAGGGUGAAUCCCAGUGACAGGUACCACCUUAUGCCCAUCAUCACGCCAGCUUAUCCCCAGCAGAAUUCUACUUACAAUGUGUCUGUUUCCACACGAAUGGUUAUGGUGGAGGAAUUCAAGCAAGGUCUGGCUAUAACAGAUGAGAUCUUGCUGGGUAAAACAGAUUGGUCCAAGCUUUUUGAAGCUCCAAACUUCUUUCAAAAAUACAAGCAUUAUAUUAUCCUUCUUGCAAGUGCGCCAACAGAAAAGCAGCACCUUGAAUGGGUGGGUUUGGUGGAGUCAAAAAUCCGUAUCCUUGUUGGAAGUCUGGAGAAGAAUGAAUUCAUCACACUGGCUCACGUGAACCCGCAAUCAUUCCCAGCCCCUGGAGAGAACCCAGAAAAGGAAGAAUUCAGGACCAUGUGGGUGAUUGGGUUGGUGUUCAAAAAGAUGGAAAACUCAGAAAAUCUCAGCGUUGAUCUCACUUAUGACAUCCAGUCAUUCACGGACACUGUUUACAGGCAGGCUAUCAAUAGCAAAAUGUUUGAAAUGGACAUGAAAAUUGCAGCGAUGCAUGUCAAACGGAAGCAGCUGCAUCAGCUCCUCCCCACGCACGUCCUUCCAAAAAAGAAAAAGCAUUCAGUGGAAGGUGUUAAGCUGGUCUCUUUGCAUGAAAGCAGCCUGGACUUGUCAAUGGACAGUGACAAUAGUAUGUCUGUGCCUUCUCCCACCAAUGCCACAAAGAGCAGUCCACUUAAUGUCUCUGGAUUGUCUCAGGGUAGGAACAGUCCUGGAGCAACAAUGAACUCUUCUGUGACCAACGUAUCUGCUUCUGAAGUCAUUGUGCCACAGGGCAAUUGCGCAGACACUUCAUGGGGUAAUUUGAACGAAAGCAUUCCUAGUGAUAGUACCUCGCCGCCAGCCAUUACUUCAACACCGAAACCUGUGGUGUCACGAGUUGUUACUGCAACACGGCUGGUGAACCAGGUACCCAAGCCUAUUGCUGUCAUAGCAACAAAAAUACCCAGUCCAGUUGCGGGUUUAAAGCGGACUUCCUCUCCAACAUCAGAAGAUGGUCCCAAGAAAACCAAAACUGUAGAGGAAGAAGGUGAUGACUGUGCAGCGACAGACCUGGAUGAGUCACAGAAAAGUGAAACUGAAACUGUAAAGGAUCAAGAUGGUGACGUAAAAUCUUCAUCUCCUGUACCUGGAUCACUGCCAUCUUCUCAGCGAUCGUCCAGUACAGACCUGUCUGAUAUCCCGGCACUGCCCGCUAAUCCUAUCCCAGUUAUCAAGAAUUCAAUAAAACUGAGACUGAACCGGUAAAACGCCUCCAACCAUAGCACCUCAGGGUCCAUUAACAAUAUAUCCGCCAGAUGAACUGUGGUCGCCUUCAAGUUCUUGAGAAGAGUACGACAGUGUGGCGUGAUUGAAACAGAGUUAAGACUUAUUUUAUUGGGCUGUAAGCACCCUUUCUGGAAGUCCAGGUUAGUAUGAUGAGAAUGAAGUACUAAAAAUGCGUUUCCAUCGGUAUAAUGACUAUACUAAAGGACUCAAAUUGUAAAGAAAACAAAUGAGACUGAUAACUGUAUCUGUACUAAAUGAUAAUUCAUGUAUCUUUUUGCAAAAUUGACAAUACAACUGGCCUAAAAUCUCUCAGCAGGUGCACUUUUUAUGUUUCUUUUAACAGUAGUGAGGAACAUUUAGACGGGUUUCUUUUAAUUGUCUUUUGGUUUCAUUCAUGUUUUACAUGUUGGAUGCCAACACUGGAUGUGUAAUUUUGAUUGGUUUACCGAAAAAAGAAAAAAAAAGGAAAGUGAAAUUGUGAUUGUCUUAUUAGGGUAUUAUUUGUGCGAGUUCUGAAGCUUCGAUUUAGGCCAAUUUUUAAAGGUCUGUUGUAUUUUAUUUUUUGUUAUUUACGGGACAUAAAGGCUGGUGACAGUACAAAGUAACUAUCUGCCGGUUCCUCCUAACGUUUCCAGCUACUAACAUCAGUCUGUCAAAGUACAGGGUGAACUUUUUAAUUCCUCAAACCACCUUGAAAAAUUGGUGUAUAGGUUUCUAAAAGCACCUUACCUAUGAAGACCAUUGAGGAAGGUGAUCAAUUUUCAGUCUCCAACCUGUUUUAGAAACGGGGAGCUUUGUAAGAUCUACUUUAAUUUUUGGAGUUUGUUGGGGGGGUUUUUUUGUUUUUUUUUAAACUAUGCCUCAAAAAGUGCUAGCUGAGCAAAGCUAGAGAACAGCCAGAUGGAAUUUACUAGUGAGGCCCUCAAACCUUUUGUUUAUGUUCUCUAGUUAAAGAAUUUAAGCUGUUAUCUGCCUCCUGAGUUAAGUAGCAUAUAGGGAGUAUGUCGGAAAUGGGGUGUCCGUAGUAACGUCAUAGAUAGUUAAAAUGAAACAAUGAAAAUAUUGUCGUCGGAACCCAAAUAAAGCAUUUUGGUUUCUUUGAAGAGGGGCAGACACGUGACCGCCUGCUAUGCUUAUUACACUUUCUCCUUCCGCACACGCAUGUACAUUUUCUGUGUUGGGUUUUUCAGGUAACCAUUUGAAACGACUCUUGACCCUAAACUUGUAUGAAGUCUGACUUUGGGUGUAUUUUACUUUUCUUUACGUGUUAGAAUCACAACUGAUCUUCAACCCCCAUUGGUCAUAAUGCUUUUACCUUAUUCUUUAUAGUUUUAAACCUACAAAAUGAACCAUGCAAGGCCUUCGUGUAUGCCAUGUUACACCAGGCACGAGAUUGGUACAGUCGUUUUUGUUCUCCCGUUUUUAUUAUGGUCCGCUGGUUUCUAGCAACUACACAAGUUGGUUGUAUUUUUGUUUUGUUUUUUUCUUGUUUUCGUUUUUCAAAACAGUUGGCUCUUUUCUUGCCCUAGCCAGCCAGCCACCCACAGUGUUGUACAUUUUAGCCCUAGUUUCCACAACCUGAACAUCAGACUGUUGCUUCCGCAUGAUGUAUGUAUUGUCUUAUGAUCGGAGUUUGCUUUGUUUUAUAGUACCCGUACUACUUGUAUUUUUCAAAAGCUAUUUUGUAAACAGAUGUAUUUCUCCAUUGAAAAAAAAACAAAAUAAAAUGAAUAAAUAAAAACCGCACAA